AUGGGUGAGACUGAAGAAUCUGCCCCUAAACAGGAGCUUUGUCAAGCACAGCCAUGUCAGAAGAUUACAGGAAAAUUGGCAGACAUUGGCCUUGACUACUCCAGCUUAAAGGAAGAGGGCAAAUGUGAGGGCAAUUUGGAGGGACAACCAGGAAAUGAGAAGACAAGUUGUGAAAAAGAAACAGUCACUUACGAAGAAGCCCUUCUUAACAAACAAGAACAAGAUUUUAACAAAUCUUUGGGAAGUUUCCAUCAGAACAUUCUGCUUCCUAUACAACAGACAAUCCCCAAACAGGAGAAAGUAUAUAACCAGGACACAUGGCAGAACACUAUUCAAAACACUUCCCCAACUGUUCAGCCCCAGGGUGUCUAUGCAAAGAAGAAAGUUUUGAAAUGCAAUUACUGUGAUAAAGUCUUUACCCAGAGCUCACCCUUCACACUUCAUCAAAGAGUCCAUACUGGGGAGAAACCCUAUAAAUGUGCAGAAUGUGGGAAAGCCUUCAGCCAUAGAUCCAACCUUGUCCAACACCACAGAAUUCAUACUGGAGAGAGACCCUAUGAAUGUAAAGAGUGUAAUAAAGCCUUUACAUUCAGCAAUAGGUCCUCUAUUGCCCAGCACCACAGAGCUCAUACAGGAGAGAAGCCUUAUAAAUGCAAUGUGUGUGGGAAAGCAUUUAGCCUGCGUGCAUACCUGACUGAACAUCAGAGAAUACACACAGGAGAGAGGCCCUAUGAAUGUAAGGAGUGUGGGAAGGCCUUCAGCCAGAAUUCACACCUUGCUCAGCACCAGAGAAUUCACACUGGAGAAAAACCUUACAAAUGUCAGCAAUGUAAGAAAGCUUUCAGCCAGAUUACCUACCUCGCUCAGCAUCAGAGAGUACAUACUGGAGAGAAACCCUAUGAAUGUAUCAAAUGCGGAAAGGCUUUUAGCAAUGAUUCAUCCCUCACUCAACACCAGAGAGUUCAUACUGGAGAGAAACCCUAUGAAUGUAAUGUGUGUGGGAAGGCUUUCAGUUACUGUGGCUCUCUCACCCAGCAUCAGAGGAUACACACUGGGGAGAGACCCUAUGAAUGUAAGGAAUGCAAGAAGAGCUUCAGGCAGCAUGCACAUCUUGCCCAACACCAGAGAAUUCACACUGGGGGACAGGGUUUCUCUCAUCAUCCAAUCCAGUCAGUCACCAUGUCAUAUAAAUCCUAA